GAUCUCUCUCGGACGCAUGCUUAAGGUAAGGCAUGCCAAUCAGCUCCACUUGCGUAGAGUUUGGGACGCCAACGCGCAAGCCACGCCCAUUUUGGCCAGCAGCGGAGUCGCACGACAUGGCGCACCUCUUUAAAGUCUACUGCGAGGCUCCGCCUAUCCGACUGCUUCAAGCGCGGGAUUUUUCCUGACCUUUACCCACACCCCUGCAUGCCUCAGACCCCCACUUCCUCUCCCGUGUGUGCUUUUGUUAUAGAAAAAAACCUUAAUGCUAUUUGAUGUUGCCUCUGUAUAUGUUGCAUGCGCUUAUCUUGAGCUUUUCUCCCUCUAAUUCUGUCUUUAUUUCCAAAUGAAUGUACGGUACCGACGUGAGUUGUAUGUAACAAGGAUACGUCAUUAUUACGUUUGUGAAUGUAAGACUAAGCUUCGAUGGGUUGUACGCGUAAAAUGAAAAGCCAAAAUGUUAAGAUCUCAAACUAUAAUGCAAAAAAACCCCAAAACAUUCAAAAUGUUUGGUUUUGGUUUAUAGAACAUUGAAUGGGAAGUUCAUAUUACCUUGUUGCAUGCACACGCCGCUAUAUUCUACAUGUACAGUCUGUAAAGACAACAAGAGCUACUGCUUUACGAGAUCGAUAAGAUGUCCACACUUUAGAAGAUUUUAAAGAAACAUUUUCUCUUGUACUUAAAAAAAAUAUAUAAUAUGAAUUCGUUUACACAUAAAUUGUUGCUGCAAUGUUUGCCCUCUUUUUCAGGUCUUGACCCAGUCUUUACCCCCUUACAAUGUUCCCGCUUUACUCAUAUAUAUGUCUAUAUAUGUAUACCCAUGAUGUAUUAUAUCCAGAACUUACCCUCUACCUCCACACAGCGAUCAAAAUGUUUCCAUAUUCUACUCACUUCCCUCCUAGACCGCAUGUUCUGGAGUGCGACGGACCCCAUCAAUUUAUUGGAGGGUCAGUUUGCUAUGGCGAACAUUCUCAGCUUUUCCCGCAUUUCCUACCUCUUGCCGGCCAAUGAAAUCCUCGGGCCCCUGCAGAUUUCCCUGGGCCGCAUGCUUAAGGAUAUCGCCAAGUUUUUGGCGUUAUUCACUUUGGUUAUCCUGGCCUUCAUGGUGGGCCUGCAUAACUUGUUCUGGUACUACAGUGAGAGGAAAGGUAUUGAGCUUGAUUUGCCAGGAAGGCCACCCAGCGAAAAUGUGCGAGCAGAAGAGAGUUUUGGCGAAGUACUGGCCACAUUCCGUACUGUGUUUUGGUCACUAUUUGGUCGAGGUGAACCUGACGCUGUGGAACUGGGGACCUACAACAACAAGUUCACUGGAAGACUCGGACAGGGAGUGGAAGUUUGCCCGUAGCCUUCUGUACAUGGACUAUAUCGGAAACGGUGGCACACUGCCUGCCCCUCUCAACAUCAUCGGUGCCCCAAAAGCCUUGUUGAGAUUGAUCUUCUGUCGGUGCUGCUGUUGUGGGGAGGAAGAGGAAGCAGAGUGCCCACCCGAAUGACGACAUAUCACCCGCCGAGUUCCACGAAGCCAAUGGGCGUGUCAAUCAAAGCUUUGAGGGCACGCCCACCAAGUCCACGCCCCGCAGGAACCCGUCCACCAUGGUGCCGAUGGAGGCGGAGGAGGAGAAGCUCACGUAUCAGAUGAUUUUGAAGAGAUCAAGCAAGACAUCUCGAGCUUCCGAUACGAUCUGAUCAACCAACUGACCACAAAGGCCGCAGUGGAGGACGAGUUGAAGCUCAGUAUGGGAGCCAUCAUGCAACAACUUCAGACCCUAAGAGAAGACGUCAACCCGAAAGCGGCGGCAGAGAACCAGGAAAAACGACAGGGCAAGAUCUUCGAGAAGAAGUCGGAAAGCCAAAGCAAGUUCAAGGCCGACCUUCCCGGGUCAUCGGUUAUCAAGGAAGAGCCGUGUGCCGAGUCCAGCCCUGCCGAGGACCAGGGCAAUCCUGAGGACAAUGAAGCUCCUGAAACCCCUGAGGAAGCUGAAGCCUCAGAGACCCCCACGGCUCCGGCGGAGUCAUAAGUUCGAGGUCAAGGCCAUGUGAAGCCUGGGGAAAAGAAGGCGUGAUCUAGGGCAUUGUCUGUGUGUGCAAUCGAGUCGUCAUCAUUAAUGUGCUUCUGAAUUCGAAGACUACAGUUGAAAAAUGUACUUGGUCACGCUGUGGGCGUGUUCUUAAGCAGGUUAGUCUGCGACAAGUGCUUUUUUUGGACUGCUCUACUGGCAGCUUCGAGUGUAUGGAAAAUUCUUUGAUGAAUGAGGAUUACGUGAAUGAGGAGGAGGAGGAGGAGGAUGAGGAUGUUUUGGACUGCUUGACAUGCGGCUUUGGGUGUAUAAAAAAAUCUUUGAUGGAGGAGGACAAUGGUGGGGAGGAGGAAGAGGAGGAAGAGGAGGAUGAUGAAGAGGGAAGAGAAGAAGAAUGAGAAUAGCAACAAACAAAAUUAUCAACAAAAAUUCGAAACACGAUCAUCACAAUCGUACAAUCAGAACGUGCGUAUAGAAUAAGUACAGAUCAAAAUUUGCACAUAAAUAAAAGACUCACUACUUCUCCUGAUAACAUAACAAGUUGCCGAGAAAAAUAUAUAUUCUUUUGAGUAUGAAGGUAGAGAAUUCUAGAUGUACUUAGUUUUAAAUGGCACAUUGCACUGUUAUCGCACAAGGAGAAAACCAUGACAUACACACUUUUUAGUAUAGAACUUGCUCCAUCUAUUUUUCUGUUUACACCAGAUAAUGUUAUUUGAGGUCAUAUUAUUAUACAAUGUACGAUUUUAUAAAUGUGUGAAUGAUUGAAAACUGCCUUUGAUCGAACUCACGUGUUUUCUGUUAACAUUUUUUAUGUUUUGUUCUAAUGCAUCUUAUUAUUUUGUUUUCUAAAACCUAACCCAAAAUAAGUGUGUCAAUCUCUGUAAUUCGUAUAAAUGAACAAAUUCAGUUAAUAUCAAAUUAUUAAUGCACUAUUUCAGCCCUUCACUCACAAAUUGGCUUCAUAAUUCAAGAAAAUUGCAUCAGUGGACAUUAAGAGUGGGCAUACAAUUCUUGAGCAAAUGUCAGAAAAUUUGAAACAUUUCGUUAAAAAGGAAGGGUUAGUCAACCCACAUUUAUUGUCAUCACGAGCCUAACCAUGUGUCUCUUAUAGACUUCUCUAAAUAGUUUUAUCUUCAUCCCACUUGAAACUUUUGAGUACUUAUAAUGGAGAUGUGUAGCCCACUUUCUAUCACGAAAUACAUCGAUUUAACCCAAAGUUACUCGUGUUAUCGUAGCUUUGAUGUUUGUUCUAUGGUUAUGAAGCCAGCAUUUGUACAGCUGGCAUGCCCCAUUUGGGAAGCUCGUUAUUCCAGUAAGCUAUUGACAUGCGCCUUGCAUUGGUAAUAUAAUAACUUAUCAUAGUGAUUCGUAAAAGAGGAAUAUACCAUAGAAUUACACUAUAUAGAUAGCCUACAUUUUCACAAGUGUGGGCGGGCAGCCAUUACAACAACCCAAGAAGCAUCUCUGGGUUAGAUGUUUGUGUUCUGUAUUCAAAUUUCCAGACUAUUGUGUUCAAGCUGGCGCUCCACUGGUUCGAGGCUGGAUCUCUAUUGGAUGGAGGCUGGAUCUCUAUUGGAUGGAGGCUGGAUCUCUAUUGGAUGGAGGCUGGAUCUUCCUUCUUUUUGUAAACCACUCCACCAUGUGUUUGUGACUUCAGUGACAGACACAGCAGAUUGUGAUAUGAACUUUGAGGAGUGCUUGAUGUUCGUUGGUUGUGGGACGCCAACAAAAUGGAUUGGUAGAAAUAUCCUGUGAUAAUGAACGGGGAGUCAUGGCUCCGACAAACUGUGACGUCAGACCAAUAAAGCAAGGAUGGUCCACGGAAGGAUACACACGACAGGAGCCUGCUUUUCAGAUUCCUGAUGAAAUGGGAUUCGUGUCCAGAAGUACGCUCAUGAUGUGAUUGCACUUGUUCAACGUUCCUCUAUUUUUCAAAAAAUGUUAUUUGCUCUGUCUUGUCAACAUCACUGUUCUAUGAAUUAUUUGAUUGAUCCCCCCCUACUACAAAGUAUUUGAUUGUUUGUUCACCAUGGCCUUGGUAUAAAGGAUUUCAUUGGGACGUUUACGAACCUCUUUCUAUGAAGUGUUUCAUCAAUGGUCUAUUUACAAUCGUAUUUCAUUGGAGUAUGUAAUUCGUUUUGAUUUCGAAAUGCCUCUAAAUGUAAGCACACAUUUUUCUUUGGCGUCAUAUUAGAUACAGUGGUUUGGCUUUUGUUGAAAGUUUGUUAAUGCUUUCUUCUUUAUGCUCACUGUUUAU